AUGCCGACGAAGAGAGGUUAUACAAGACGGAAUAGCAAACAUGCAUUGGCAAGAUAUGCUCGUCAAAAUGUGUCGCCACCACCUGCAUCAUCAUUAAAAUCGAAUACAACAUCAACAUUACGAACAACAACGUCAAAUCUAUCAACAUCUUCAAAACGUUCAUCUUUACCAUCACGACAGAAGAUAACGAAAAGAAUAAAAUUGGAUAUAACAUCAACAUCAGAAAAUUCAAAUUCAAAUGUACCUAUGAAUGGAUACACAAUCUUGCAAAAUCAAAUGUGA